AUGUCCACCACUCUGGAUUAUGUCAAGACUAUAUUAGAACAAAUGGUUGCUAUUGAUAGUCAGUCUUCGAAAGACAGCCAUGAAGAAAUUACACAGUACAUGACUUCUUUAUUAAAAAAUGACCUUGGUUUAAUUGUUGAAGUUGUUCCUUACUCAAAGAACCCACACAAACAUAAUAUCAUUGCUUAUAAGAAACUUGGAUUUAAGGUUGUCCUCUGUGGACACCUUGACACAGUCGAUAUUGGGUCUGGAUGGACAAAGGAACCACUCAAAUGCACAACAGAAGUAGUUGAUGAUAAAACAUACAUCUAUGGUCGAGGAACAUCAGACAUGAAAGGAGGAAAUGCUGUCAUUAUUGCAACACUAAAGAGAUUAAUUGAAGAUAGCAACAACAUUGAUGACAUAGCUAUAUUCUUUUCUACAGAAGAAGAAAUUGGAGUUCGUGGAUGUCAAGAUUUUAUGGUUUCUCACAAAUACUUUUUUGAAUCAGUUGAAACAUUUGUUGUACUUGAGCCAACAAAUCUUUAUAUUGGCUCUGGACAAAACGGUCAUUAUUGGGUAAAAUAUACUUGUCAUGGAAAGUCUGCUAAUAUCAUUGAAGCACAUACUGGUGUUAAUGCAAUAGAAGGAAUGACAGAUUUAAAUUGUGUAUUAAAAGAAUCAAUUACAGCACCAGACCUCAAUGGGUAUGUUACAUUAAACAUAGGAACUAUUGAAGGUGGAGAAAAAGUCAAUAUAGUUCCUGAUCUUUGUGUUGAAACUGUUUAUUAUCAAUUUGGACCAAACGUAUUUGGCAAGGACUUAGAAGAAAUUAUUAAGCAAACUAUUGACCAAAUGAAUGAAAUAUCAUAUGCCCAAUACGAAUAUGAAUUCGUCAGAAAUUACCUUCAAUUAAAUGUAGACCAACAAACGUCCUAUUAA